AUGCUGCCCUCUAGAUCAUUAGCUGGCAUUGCGCAGGGCGCAUUCAAAAGCUCCCAGGCUAUCAGACGUUACGCUUCUGCCUCUCCGACAGCAGCUUUCGCCGGACAAAAGGGUACUAAUGGAAAAUACACCGUCACUCUUAUCCCUGGAGACGGUAUUGGCCCUGAAAUCAGCGAGGCCGUUAAGGAUAUUUAUUCCGCGGCGGGCGUGCCAAUCCAGUGGGAGGAGGUCAGCGUGACGCCCAUACUGAAAGGAGGGAAGACUGUUAUUCCGGAUACUGCCAUCGAAUCCGUCAAGCGCAAUACUGUUGCCUUGAAAGGACCUCUGGCUACUCCCAUCGGGAAAGGACAUGUCUCCUUGAACUUGACACUCCGUCGAACAUUCAACUUGUUCGCCAACGUCCGACCAUGUAUCUCUAUAACUGGUUUCAAGACGCCAUACGACGAUGUCAACACCGUCCUCAUUCGUGAAAACACCGAGGGAGAGUAUUCCGGUAUCGAACACGAGGUUGUCAAUGGCGUCGUACAAUCUAUCAAACUCAUCACCUGGGAGGCCUCUGAGCGUGUCGCGCGUUACGCCUUCUAUUACGCGCAAUCGCAAGGCAGACAUCGCGUCACUGCAGUCCACAAAGCCAAUAUUAUGAAAAUGUCCGAUGGCAUGUUUUUGUCAGCGUGUCGUGAGGUCUCCAAGGAUUUCCCUGAUAUCCAAUACGACGAAGAUCUCCUGGACCGUGUUUGUCUCCAGAUUGUUCAAAACCCCAAGCCUUAUGCUGACCGUGUCAUGGUGAUGCCUAACUUAUAUGGCGACAUCCUUUCUGAUAUGUGUGCUGGCCUCAUCGGUGGUCUGGGACUUACGCCCUCAGGAAACAUCGGCCGUGACGCCUCCAUCUUUGAAGCUGUACAUGGAUCGGCUCCUGACAUUGCCGGUAAAGGGCUGGCCAAUCCCACUGCCCUCCUGCUAUCGUCCUUGAUGAUGUUGAGACACAUGAACUUAGACGAGUACGCUGCUAAAAUCGAGAAGGCGGCACUGACGACAAUUGCGGAAGGUAAGGCUAUCACGGGUGAUCUAGGAGGAAAGGCCUCUACAAGAGAAUAUACCAAAGCUAUUAUUCAAAGGCUGCAAUAA